CCCUAACUUGGACAAGUCACCUACCUUCACCAGGUGUGUAGAAGUUUCCAGCCGGAGGAGUCCUGCUCUCUCUGUCUCUGAAAGGGCUCAUCAGAGAAGGAAUGGCUGUCAGGCACCUGCCAAUCGUGGUUCAGGAAUCAGUGACCUUCAAGGAUGUGGCCGUGUUCUUUGCCCAGGACGAGUGGGCACAGCUGAGCCCUGCUCAGAGGGCCCUGUACAGGGAUGUAAUGCUGGAGAAUUACAGCAACCUCGUCUCACUCGGACUUUUAGCACCCAAACCAGAUAUGCUUUCUCGGCUGGGCAAAGGGGAAGAAUGGAUGCUCAAGGAGGCCUCAGGAGGCAUCUGUCAUGACUGGAUGGCUGUACCUGUGAGUAAGAAAUCUACUCUCAAGGAAGAUAUUCCUGAAGAAGAAUUGGAUCAGUGGACAGUGAAGGAAAGAUUCACUGGUAAUAAUAGGCAUUGGAAGUAUGACAGCCUAUUGGAAUGGCGGCACGGAAGCCAGGAGACAAAGUUACAGCAAGUACUCACUCAUCAGAAAACCACCCUUGUGCUUAGCGAGCAGAAAUGUGAUCAGUCUAAUAAGAGCUGCAUCAUGAGCUCACCUUUUAUUCAAAGUCAGGGAUUUCAACCUAGCCAAAAGGCCUUUGAGUAUAGUACAUAUGGGAAGAUUUUCUCUAAGAACUCAACCCUUAAUAAACAUCAGAAAAUUCAUACUGAAAAACUUAACACAAAUCAGAAAGCUCAUUUUAAAGAGAAACGAUAUGAAUGUAGAGAAUGUGGGAAAGCCUUUCACCAGAGUACGCACCUUAUCCAUCACCAAAGAAUUCAUACUGGUGAGAAGCCAUAUGAAUGUAAGGAAUGUGGCAAGGCCUUUUCAGUAAGCUCCUCACUUACUUAUCAUCAGAAAAUUCAUACUGGAGAGAAACCUUUUGAAUGCAACUUAUGUGGAAAAGCUUUUAUCCGAAACAUACACCUUGCUCACCAUCAUAGGAUACAUACUGGAGAGAAACCUUUUAAAUGUAACAUAUGUGACAAAGCCUUUGUGUGUAGGGCACAUCUCACCAAACAUCAGAAUAUUCAUAGUGGAGAGAAACCCUAUAAAUGUAAUGAAUGUGGAAAAGCCUUUAAUCAGAGUACAAGUUUUCUUCAGCAUCAGAGAAUUCACACUGGAGAGAAGCCCUUUGAAUGUAAUGAAUGUGGAAAGGCCUUCAGGGUAAACUCUUCCCUUACUGAGCACCAGAGAAUUCAUACUGGAGAGAAACCUUAUAAGUGUAAUGAAUGUGGGAAAGCUUUCAGGGAUAAUUCAUCCUUUGCUCGGCAUCGGAAAAUUCACACUGGAGAGAAACCUUACAGAUGUGGCUUGUGUGAGAAAGCCUUCAGGGACCAAUCAGCCCUAGCCCAGCAUCAGAGAAUCCAUACUGGAGAAAAACCCUAUACAUGUAAUAUAUGUGAGAAAGCUUUCAGUGACCAUUCUGCCCUUACUCAACAUAAGAGAAUUCAUACUAGAGAAAAACCUUACAAAUGUAAAAUCUGUGGAAAAGCCUUUAUCCGAAGCACACACCUUACUCAACAUCAGAGGAUUCACACAGGAGAGAAACCCUAUAAAUGUAAUAAAUGUGGGAAAGCUUUCAACCAGACUGCAAACCUCAUUCAGCAUCAAAGACAUCAUAUUGGAGAGAAGUAAUGAUUGCCAUUUAUAUGGAAGAGUUUUGAGACCGAGCAUAUUGAUGAAUCAAUGUAAGAGAUUCUAUUCUAGAGAAUAACUGUGGAAAUAGACAUCAAAGUAGUCAUUUUAUUUACUGAGUCAAGCUUCAGAGUAUUGUGGGUUUUGAGAAUUUAAAAAUGACAAAAUGCUCCUUGUAGUUCAGUACUGCCUCAACUGGUUGCGAUCCUGUUUAGUCUGAAAUAACAAGUAUCAGAACCAAAAGGAAGCUUCAUUUACAACACAAAUUGGUUUAUCGAAUUUGCAUUUUGACUGUAAAGAGAAAAAAAUUGUCAAAAGAUUGAGACGCAAAAGAACAAAAAGUAAGAAAAUAGAUAGUCUAUGAGCAUUUCACUCUACUUGAUUCUCAUAUUAGGAUUUCUGCCUUCAUUUAACCCUUGGUUUUCUCAUCAUCCAUUCUCCUGACAGCCCAGUAUAAAGAAAGUAUAGUUCCCAUCUUCAACCCAUUACUUAAAUUAUUUCACCCCCAGAAUACUGACCCACCACAUCCUAUCCUUGCUCUUGUCCUUUUGUCCAGUUUUUAAGGUAUUAACUGAUUACAGGAAAAGCAGAGAGCUUUGAAUUGCUACUUUUGCAUUUGAAAGUGCCCAUUUCUCCUCCAUAAGGGUAUUCUACCACUUCAAAACUAUCCCAUUCUGACAGUGGAAGCAACAUGUCAUGCCUUUCACACGCCAAGAAGAGUUCAACAGUGCCAAGACAUUCUCUGGCGGGGCAGUGAGUGCUAUGCCCAAAAGUUUGAGUGAUACCUACAGGUCCAGUUCCUUUACCAUCUUUAAUCCUUAAGUGACUUUACAGAGUAACUUGUGUACCUUCACACAUGCAGCCACUCGUGGUACUGUCACUUUUCCCACCCCCCAAAGAAUCGGGGGCCUAUGCUACUGCAGGUUGGAAAAAUGCCAUAUUAUGAAAUGGAAGAGCAAGUAAACUGUUGUUCUGGGAAGCAAAGUGGCAGGUUCCUGGUCUCUGGAAUCGAAGUUGGGCAACCUACUGACCCUACAAAAACUGCAACUCACCUCCAACUUACAGAAGGUGAUCGUCUAUAUCAUGGUGGAAUCAGUGGAUUCCAGUUGAACAUAGACUAGGAAGCUGCCAGCAACACUCAAACCCGAAUUCAGUUUCCAUCUGAUAAAGGUCACUUAUGUGGACAGACCCAUCCUUUCAGGUGACCAGUAACUCUUUUUUUCCACUACUUACCUAAAGGUGAAGCUGUAUUGAACUGACAUGCAAUACAUAUUCAUACUUUGAUGUAGUCCAUAUCUGUUUAUAUUCUCCUUUGUUUUCCUUGCUGCUUGGAAUGAAUUCACAAAGAUAUUUCUGAAGUUUAUGUCAUGAAGAACUUUGCCUAUGUUUUCUUUUUAUAUAUUUUUUAGGUUCAGGAUGUAUGACAUCCAUGUCUUUUCUCCAUUUUGAGUUGACAGUGUAUGGUGGGAGAUAAUGGUCUAGUUUGAUUCUUUUGCUUGUGUCAGUCCAAUUUUCCCAACAUUACUUAUUGAAGAGUCUUUUGUUGUUCAGUAUAUAUUUUUUGCUCCUUUGUCAUAGAUUAAUUGUCCACACAUAUGUGGUUUUAUUUCUGGAUUCUCAAUUCUGUUCCAUUGGUAUCUGUGUGUCUAUUUUUGUUCCAGUACUCCGCCUUUAAAAUUAUCAUAGCUUUACAGUACAUCUUGAAGUCUGGAAGUGUAAUACCACCAUUUUGCCCAUUUUUAGUCAGGACAGCUUUGGCUACUUGGGGUCUUUUAUGUUUCCAUUUGAGUUUCAGUAAUAUUUGUUCCAUUUCUUUGGAGACUACCAUUGAGAUUUUAUUUGGAAUUGCACUGAAUCUACAAAUUUCUUUGGAUAUGACCAUUUUGAUAAUGUUGAAUCUUCCAAUCCGUGAGAAGGGAAUAUCCUUCCAUUUCCUUGUCUUCUUUUGUUUCUUUUAACAAUGGCUUAGUGUUUUCCUCAUAUAUGUCUUUCACCUCCUUUGUUAGGUUUACUCCCAGGUAUUUAUUUAUUUAUUUAUUUGGCUGAGAUUAUAAAUGGCUAGCUUUCUUAAUUUCUUAUUCUAGCUCAUUGUUUGCAUAUAGAAAGGCAACUGACUUUUGUGCAUUGAUUUCUGGAUCCUGCCACUUUGUUUUUUUUCUUUUUUGGUUUGUUUGUUUUAAUUAGUUUUUCUAUGGAGACUUUAGGGUUGUCUGUGUAUUAUCACAUCUACAAAUAAUGAUAGCUUCUUUCCCACUAUGAAGGCCUUUUAUAUAUUUUUCUCACACCAUUGCUCUAGCAAAGACUUCUGAUACUGUAUUUUGAAUGGCAGUGGUGAGAUUGCAUAUCCUGCUUUGUGCUAGAUCUUAGUGCCAAGGCUUUAAAUUUUUCACCAUUGAGAAUGACACUAGCUGUAGUGUGGCUUUUAUUAUGUUAAUAUAUUCCAUUUAUCCCAAAUUUUCAAGGGUUUUAAUACAAAUGGAUGCUGAAUCUUAGUAAAUGCAUUCUUGCCACCUAUUGAUAUGAAUUUUUUUUCCUUUUUGUUGAUGUGGUUAAUUACAUUAAUUAGUUUUCACAUCUUGAAACAUUCUUCUGUACCUGGUGUAAAUCCUAUUUGGUCAUCUUAUAAUCCUUUUCAUAUAUUGUUGGAUCCAGUUUGCUAAGAUUUUUUUUAGGAUUUUUGCAUUUAUGUUCACUAGGGAGAUUGGUCUAUAACUUUCUUUUCAUGUUGGCUUUAUUUGGUGUUAGUAUUAGUGUGAUGGUGGCCUCAUAAUAUGUGUUUGGAAGUAUUCUUUCUCAAUUGUUUGAAAAGAAUUUGAGCAGGGUAGGUAUUAGCUCCUCUUUGAAAAUUUGGUAGAAGUCACUUUUAAAGUCAUCUUGUCCUGGGCUUUUGUUUUUGGGAGAGUUUUGAUUACUUUUUCAGUUUUCUUUCUUGUGAUUGGUUUGUUCAGGUUUCCAUUUCUUCUCUAUUCAGACUUGGAUGAUUGUGUAAUUCUAAGAAUCUGUCCACCUCCAUUAUAUUAUUGAACUUGUUUCCAUAGAAAUGUUCAUAGUAAUCUCUUAGUAUCCUCUGAAUUCUGUCAAUAUGUGUUGUAACUUCUCUUUUGUUUUUUGAUCCUAUUUGAAGUUUCUCAUUUUUUCCUAGUGAGCUAAAGGUCUGUCAAUUUUUUUCUAAAGAACCAGCUUUUAGUUUCAUUGAUUUUUUGGACUGUCUUUUUGAUGUCUAUUUUACUUAUUUGUGCUCUAGUUUUUGAGGGUCUUUCCUUCUACUGGCUUUUGGCUUUUUUGUUUUUCUUUUUCUAGUUCCUCAAGAUGAGAGAUAAGGUUGUAUAUUUAAGCUCUUUCUUGUUUGUUGAUUUGGCCCCUCUUAGUAUUGCUUUUGCCGUAUCCCAUACAUUCUAGAAGGUUGUGACCUCAUUGUAAUUUGUCUUAAGUUACUUUUAAAAUUUCCUCUCUAAUUUCCUCUGUGACCCUAUGGUCUUUAAGUGAUGUACUGUUCAGUCUCCAUGUAUUAGAGGUUUUUCUGCUUUCUUUUUGUAGUUUAUUUCUAGUUUGAUGCCUUUAUGAUGUGAGACAAUACUUAAUAUGAUUUCAGUCUUCAUGAAUUUAUUGCUCUUUGUCUUUUAGCCCAAUAUGUGUUCAACUGUGGAAAAUGUCCCAUGGGCACUUGAAAAAAAAAAUGUAUAUUCUAGUUUCAGGUGGUGCAGUGUCCUAUCGAAGUAUAUCAGUCCAUUUGGUCUAAUUUUUUGUCCCCAUUUAUUUUUUUGUCUCAUUGAUUUGUCCAUUGGUGCUAGUAGGGUGUUGAAAUCUACCACAAAUAUGUUUUUACCAGUGUUUGUAAUCUAAAUUGUUAGAAGUUGCCAAGUGUAUUUUGGUACUCUUUCAUUCAGUGGUUUAUGUUAAUGAUUGUUAUGUCCUUGUCCUGCUUUGGGUCCCAUUUGCUUGUAGGAUUAUUUUCCAACCCUUUACCUUGAUCCUGUGUUUAUCUUUGGCACUCAGAUGUAUCUCCUGGAGACAGAAGAAGGUUGGAUUGUUUCCUUAUCCAACAAGAUACUCUGUAUCUUUUAAUUGGUGAGUUUAGUCCAUCAACAUUUAGAUAUGAAAGUCUAUUGCUGCAAUUUUAUCUUUUGUUUUGUGAUUAUAUCUAUUUCCUUUUUCAUUUCUUUUGUGUGUUUCUCUAUUGUCUUCAAUACCAGAGUUCCUUUCAAUAUUUCUUGGGAAGGGGAAGAGGAGUCUAGUUUUUUCAAAUUCCUUCAGUUUUUCUUUGUCUGAGAAGGCAUUUAUUUCUUCCUCAUAGCUAAAGCCUAUAGUCGUCUGUUGCAAUUUUUAUCUUUAAACUUUUUAACCACAUUUUUCUAUUCUCUCCUUGCCUGGAGUGUUUCUUCUGGGAAGUCCAGUAUUAGCCUGAUCUGGGUUCCUUUGUAGUCUGUUUAUUUCCCCUCACCAGCUUAAAUAGUCUUUGUUUUUUUUUGUUUUGGAAUUUUUACCACUAUAUGCCAGGUGUCUCAUUUUGUUUAGGUACCCUACCCCAGUAUUCUUUUAGCUUCCUGGAUUUAUGUAUUUAUUUCCUUUUACAGGCUUGGUGAGUUUUCUUCUAUUUCUUUAAAUAUGUUCUUAUUUCCUGGGCCUUCCUGGUGGCCUAUGGGUUAAGUCUCAGCGCUAUCACCACUACAGCUUGAGUCCAAUCCCCAGCCAGGGAGCUAAUCCACAUGUGGCAGCAGACCUCUCCUGUCUUGCCUGCUGCUCCCCCUAGCAGUGUAUUUCAGUAAAUCCACCUGUUCUGCUCCCCACUCUGUCUCUGGUGAAUCCUCUUACCCCUACACCUAUGGCCUACACCCCAGUUCUUCUAUGCAAAAGGGAGAAAGAGAGAGAGAGAGAGAUGAAAGAGGGGGGAGAGAGAAGAGGAGAGAAGAGAGGAGAAAGACAGAGAAGAGAGAGAGGAAGGAAGGAAGGGAGGGAGGAAGGGAGGAGAGAAAGGAGGGAGGAAGGAAGAAAGGAAGAUGUUCUCCUUUCUUGUCUCUCUUCACCUCUGGAUUUUCAUUAUUCUUAUAUUGUCUUUCCUCAUGGUGUCACAUAGUUCAUGAAGUGUUUCUUCAUUUCUCUUUCUCUUCCAUCUUACUUCUGUGUAAAUUUGUGAAUUUAUAUAUGUCACUGUUCACUGUCAAGUUCACUGUCCAAGUUCACUGUUCACUGUACAAAGUUCACGGUUCAAGGGGCUUCCCUGGUGGUGCAGGUGAUUGAACACUGCAGCGUGAAGCUGUCCACAGCCUCUGCAGUGCGGGUUCAUUCCCAGCCAACCGGAGAGAAUCCCACAUGGCGAAGCAGACCUCUCCUGUCUCGCCCGCUGCUCCCCUCAGCAGUGUAUUUCUUCAGUCUGCCUGUUCUGUUCCCUGCUCUGUCUCCAAUGAAUCCUCUCACCCUCCCACGCACCUGGCCUGUAUCCCGGUUCUUGUAUAAAAGUAAAUAAAUCUUUAAAGAAAAAAAAAGUUCAUGGUUCAAGUUCACUGAGUCACUCUUCCAUUUGAUUUAUUAAUGCUUAUAUAGUUUAUUUUUCAUCUUUUCUUUUAAACUUUUUUCUUCUUGCAGCUCCUUUAUUUCCUUUUUUAGGAAAUCAUUUUAGAUCUUCUGUUUGUUGAUUUUGUUUCUCAGGACAUUCAUUUGUUUUUCUGCAUCUUCCUAUCCUCUGAGUAUGCUCUGACUUCUUUUAAUUUCUUUAUGAUGGCAAACUUAAAUUCUGUGUCUGAUAGAAGGAAUAGAUCUUCCAUGUCUUUGUGAUUAGAUUCUGAAGAUUUGUUAUCUUUCCAUGGUAUAGUAUUCUUCUGAGGACUACUGAAGCAAUUCUGUCUCCCUGUUGUUUUUAGGACCCCACUACUGUGGGUUUGGCCUCUGCUAAGUGUGUUUCCACAUAUACCACACUUGGCCAGUGUGCUGACCAGAGGCUGUCAGGCUGUCAGAUGGGGCUGCAUAGCUGUGUCAUUGUUGUGAGCUGUGCCAGUUUCCAAGGUACUGGUAGAUGUGUCCAAGGCUGGAAUCAUUUCCUGGAGGACAACUGAUUAUCUGGUGUCCUGUAGAGCCCUGAGCAGUCUUUACUGGGCCAGAGACAAUGCCCGAGUUACAGGUGUGUAUGGCCAGGAUUGGGGUUGCUUCCUGGAAGAUUGCUGUUGGGUAGGGCUCUGCAAGGCCUGGACUGUGUUCUGGACAGUUCCUGAGGCACUGAGAUGGGUGUGCUUAGAGUCAGAGGUAUUGAUACUUUCCAGAAAGUGGCUGAGAGUCACUGGUGUUGAGAGAGGCCCUUCAAGGCCCUAACUGGGGCUUGAGAUUAUUCCCAAGGUACUGGUGGGUGCUGUGGUUAUUUCAGAAUGUGCCCCAUAUAAGCAAGAAACUUAUGGCAGGAAUCCUAAAUGUAGGUCCUUAUAUAAAUGCCCAGAUUGGGGUGCGAGCAGGUUGGUCAGACUGUAAUAUACCUAAGCACCUACUCUAAAUAACUAUUUUCUCAUCAAUAUCCUUAAAAAGAGACUCUAGCCCUGAGACAGGCAGUCCCUUUACAUCGUUAAUGGCCAUAGCCAUAAAACUGAUACGUUGUUGCAAAUGCAAAGCCCAUCUGUUUGUUGUUUGCCAGCUGUCUGAAUGGUAGAACACAGAGCAUUUCAAGGUAUGGAAGAUCUGUUGUGUGCAAGGUGCAAAAUAGCCUGAUUUUAACACAUUUUCCUUACAUCCCAUUACCAGAGAUAACAGUUAACAUUUGAGGGCAUACCUUGCACCAGAUAAUAUUAUAAGCACUCUGUGUGUUUUAACUCACUUAAUCUACUGUUUCUACUAUCCCCACUUGAAGGUUGAAGAAGUUCAGGAACUUGUCAGAAGUCACAUGGCUAGUAAAUGGUGAAUCAAGGACUUUGACUCAGAGUGGGUCAGUGCUCACCUACUGCAUUUUUGGCCACCUCCUUUUGUAACUGGUGGCUGAAGCCAUGGACUGUUACAGGUGGUGUCCUCUGGAGGGGUUGCUGGUGAGGCUAGAUAGUCCCAGGGAAAAUGCUAAAAAGUAUUGCAUUUGGGGGUGAAGUGACUGAUAAGAAAUAUAAGGGACUAUAGAAGAAGGCAUGGAUUAUUUAGUCCUUGGGAUUUAGCAUUUGAGAUUCAGCAUUUGAAGAUUCAAUCUUUGGGAUUUAGCGUUUCAGAUUCAGCAUUUGGGAUUCAACGUAUUUGGAUCUUCAGGGAUUUUGCCCCCACCAUGCAUGCUGAUCUUACAGAAGGCUGUUAUGGGCCUCUGAAGGUGGAGGCCUCCAGCAGCCAAUUUCAGAGAGGAAAAGUUCGGAGGCCAUGCAAAUAGCCAAGCAACCGAAACUGUUCCUAGUUUUCCUGCUGUCAACAGCCUCGCAGGGAAAGUGAAGACCCCGAGCCGGGUGCCUUGCUGAGCUGUGAGUGUGGCCAUUGUCGAGUCGUUCCACUGCUGCAGCUGCUGAUUUGAGUAUUGCUCGUCUGGUGCUGUGCUGGGGCAUCUCAGUAGCUCUGGGAGCAUCUCCUAUUGUAUAUUUUGUUGUCUUCAUGAGUUGAAAUCUGGUUUAUAGUCUGGCUGCUGCCUGCUCCAGGUUGGCAGAGACAGGAAGACAACAUCUUGGGUAUGUGGCCUAUUGUUGGAAAGAGGAGCUCUGUGUCCACAGUGGUGGGAAGACACCAUCUUAGCUGCUAUUGUUUAGGACUUGGAAACACUGGACACUGCUUCGGGGGAGGUAAAUAGCCAUUUUUGGCCUCAGUAACUGUUUUUCCCUUGUUUGUUAAGUAAAUCCCAUUGUUGUUGUUCUCUGAGCCUGAAUAGUCUUGCAAUUGCGCACAUGGAUAAAGAACUCAGACAGUGAACGAUAAACUAUUUGGGCAGUGUCCUUGGCCAGUUUUAAUGCCCCUUGCUGCCCUGCAUCAAAAUGUGCAACCUACUUAUAUGCUCAAUACUCUUCUCUGUCUACACUGGAGCAGAUUUUCCCCCUUACAGCCCAAGAGAUGAGACUUUUCACAUUAAGAAACAAAGAUAUCGGGCCUCCCCGGUGGCGCAGUGGUUGAGCGC